CGAACUGCCUCGCGCAGACUUCCUCGUCUUGCGGACGUCGUGCAGCCUUGUACAACUGCUCGUGUAGACACGUUUCCUCGUGGAACUACUCGAAAGUUGGUCUGUAGUUGUGGUGCCGGAGGAGUAGAGCAGCUGAACGGAUUAUAGACUUUUUCGGAUUUUGGAACAGCUAACUAGCUAAUUGUACGCAUGUAACCAUGCCGGAUCAGCAUGUACAGCAGCAGCGAACGAGUGCUUUGGCGGGCGGACAACAGGCGGGCGCCGACGGCAGACCGCGCGGCAAGGAAUGGAACGUACCGCACAGGUACGAACUAGGCAGGUGCAUCGGAAACGGCUCCUAUGGCUCCGUUUAUCAAGCGUACGACCGGAUCGAGAAACGUUCCGUCGCGGUGAAAAAGGUCAAGCGCGUCUUCGAAGACUUGAUCGACUGCAAGAGAAUACUGAGGGAAAUCGCCAUUCUGGGAAGAAUUAACGACACCAGGAUAGUCAAGGUAUCAGCUCUGAUAUACAGGAUUGCGCAGUGUAAAAGCCCUGUUUGAAUUUGUGUCAUCCAUUGCUACUUUUGUUCGUAUGUAGUCGAGGUCGUAAAUUACUUUUGGUGUUUAGAAAGUCGCGAAUUCUUGUUUCUCACCGGGUUGCUCUCGCUGAUCAACACACCCAAAAAAACGUGAACUGACACAAACAGCUCUACGACAUCUGCGUUCCAAGCGACUUGUCAAAUUUUACGGACAUUUACCUGGUCUUAGAGCUGUGCGAUUCGGACUUCAAGAAAUUGUUCCAUCUGCGGGAAUAUGAACUGCAAAAGUAUCGUACUCGUAUAAAUGCAUUACAAAUUUUCUCCGCUUGAGAAAUGAAAUUUGUCAUGCUGAUUUACCUUAAGAAAAAUAUUUGUAAUGCAAGAAUUGCAUUGCGAUACUGUUGCACAGGAUAGGGAAUUUCUCACCGAGUGCCACACGACAACGCUUCUUUACAACACAUUAUGCGGAAUCAAGUACCAAACUACUGCUAUUCUAAUCGACGAGAUUCGAUUUCAUCACAAAGUUGCAGCAAGGGUUUCAUCGCUUUCUUUUGUGAAGCGAAGUUUGGUGGACCCAUCUGGGGUUCUUCUUCUUGCCGAUGCAUAAAGUGACCGGAAGAUUUGUUCUUUCUGAAUCAGGUACCUCCAUUCAGCCGGCAUCUACCAUCGGGACAUAAAGCCAGCAAACUGCUUGGUAAAUACGGAUUGCGGUGUGAAGAUAUGCGAUUUUGGGCUUAGCCGAGCGCUGGGCGAAGACCCGCAGUCGAUUAUGGACGACGAACCACGACAGUCCAAGAACCGCACCCUGAAGAGGCAACUCACAGGGCACGUCGUGACGCGAUGGUGGGUCAUUGUGUUUCUUGGCGGAAAAACGUUUUUUUCGCCUAGUGCGGUUCUCUAUGCAUUACUUACACCGAAGAUCUACAUUCUUGCUCAGGUUGUUGCCCUAGGCGUCCGGGAUCAAAAAGAUCAACCGUACCCCCACAGGUAUCGCGCACCGGAGCUGAUCCUGCUCCAGGAAAACUACAACGAGCAAAUUGACAUCUGGUCCCUGGGCUGCAUAUUCGCGGAGCUAUUAGGUAUAAGGUUGUCGUCGAGCGUGCUUCUGUGGCAGCAGCGAUAUAUUUUUCGGCCUUAAAAUUCGAUGCAGAGGCGGAUAAAUCAAAGCCAAAGGCUGUUGCUGUUCUCCAUUCAUCUAUUACGAAAUGACAGGUAUGGUAAAAGAGAACAUCCCCUACCCCGGCAACCGCGGUCCAUUAUUCCAGGGCGGUUCGUGCUUUCCCUUGUCACCAGACCGCAAGCAAGGCCAAGACAAGUAUUUUAUAAGACUUUCUUCGCAAGCCCAAGCAUCGCAACUCCCACUCCGCUGCUUCGGGAACUUUUUUUCAAGACGUAGUUGUUUUGUAUUGCCUCCUUCUUACAGCACUAUGAAUCGCAGUCGCUUUUCCGCAUAUACAACCAGGUACAAGUCUUCGGGAAACCGUGACCAGCUAAACAUGAUUUUUAACAUUCUGGGCACCCCGGAGGACGCGGCGGUGCAAGCUCUGGAAAAGGAGGAUACGAAGCGAUAUGUCCGAUGCUUCAAGCACCGAAAGCCAGUGCCUUUGCGCGAAAUCGACCGGUUUAAGGUACUGUGAACAUAAAGGAGUAAGUUUUGAAAAAGUUUUCAGCUUUACAACUAACCUUCAGCUUCACUUUUUUUUUGCAAAACUGAGAAGAGUGGCAGCAUUCGACGAGGAGGCAUCUAUUACAAAGUAUCUUCUCCCCAUUUGAAAAUAGAACGCCUCUCCCGAGUGCCUGGAUCUCCUCGAGAAGAUGCUGGUGUUCGAGCCGAAAAAGCGGAUUAGCGUGGAGGCGGCCGUCGAGCACCCACUUUUUAAGAGCAUCAGAAAGCUAGAGGAGGAGACAGUAUACAGAGAUAGAAAAACAUACAGUCGUGAAAACUGCUCCGGUGGCGGGUUACAUCGUCAUUUUUUAUGCAUAUCGUGUUCGUUUGCACUCCCUCUCCCGCCCAAGACGAAAGUAGUACUAGUGACAUUUAUUCUCGCUGCUCUUUGGAUAAAAAUAAAGCUGUUUCCAACAAAAUACAGGUGGCGCCGGAAAAGAUCGUACUGGAUUUCGAAGCCGAACCGGAGCUAGACGAAGCUCGUUUGCGGAAGUACUUCAUCAUGGAAAUUCAGCGGUACCAUCCGGAAGUCGAGAUGCCUCCGCAUUUGGCCGCGCUGCGCUAGUAAAUGUACAAAAUGUAAUAUCGCAGCAUUUUCGUUUAUUUCAAAGAAUAGAAUAUAGUUAAAUUCAGUCAAAGAAACUAGAACUACACGUAGUGUAGCGAAUGGCAAUGUUUUGCAGCACUCCUGCAGAAGAUUGCGUUUGGCCGCCGACAUACAGCUCUGACAAUUUUAACAGGCGGAUAUAACAAUUUUGUAUUGAGAGUUCUUGCGGUUUCAAAGAAUUCAGAUGUAGAGAAUUUUCACACAGAUUUCAACUGGAGCCUGAGCCUUCUUUUGGUUUUGGCAUCGACUUAGUUACAGGUAGUUUUCAUAUCGAGAAUCCCUGGUGCAGAAGUUUUU